GUCCUCUGUGGAGGUAAUGCGCUUGCACGCGCACAGCACACGCCUCGCCGUUUUGCCAAAGAUGGAGGAGCCAAAAUUCAUUGGUCCAUCGGAUUUUACGCCCGCCCAUUACAAUAAAUGAUUGGGUACUGAUGCAGUGCCUGAUAAUGCGCUUCCGUGAUCGGAUUCUGACAGUUCUUCCGCGUGUUUACAGUAGUCAACCACAUCUUCGGCGCUGUACUUUCCAAAACAGACGUGUCUUUCAACUGUUGUCAUGAUGGCGACAGAGACUUCUGUGACAAGCGUAAGCAUAAGUAAAGAAGAAGCAGUAUCCCUCGCUGGCCACAGACACGCAUGUCAUGUCAUGCUUCACGCUACCACCAAUGCUAAACUGUUCGGAAGAACCCCAAUAAAACACAUUGUCCUGAUGCAGAUGCGAUUCGAUGGUUUGUUGGGAUUUCCUGGUGGGUUAGUGGACCCGUCCUCAGAGAGUCUGGAGGCUGGUCUGAUGCGAGAGCUGAAGGAAGAGCUGGGGAUUGCCGUCCCGGUGACUCCUCAAGAUCAUGUGGUGUCCUGCCACGCUCCGUCGUGUCCCACGCUCAUUACCCACUUUUAUGUUAAGAAGAUGGAAGAGUCCCAGAUAAGGGAAUUGGAGAGGGCUGCCGUCACCAUGGCAACAGACCACGGCCUAGAGGUCAUGGGGAUGGUGCGAGUCCCGCUCUACUUCCUGAAGAAGGGCGGCGGCCUGCCCUCGUUCCUGUCGCACUCGUUCAUCGGCAACUCGCGCGCCCAGCUGCUGUCGGCCCUGCAGAGCUUGGGCCUGAUGUCUCCGGGGGAGCUGGACGAGGCCGUCAGGCAGGCCGAGCAGCUGAGACAGCAGCCCAACCUGCUGUGAUGAGGAGGAGGGAGGAUGGAGGAGGGGAGGGGGGGGAAGGGAGUGCGAUGCUGUCAGUGUCUGCCCUAACCUUCACUACCCUGACCUCACAAGGGGGGUGGAUCUGGGGUCAACCCCCCUCCUCAUUUCUCCAGGAGAGAGACUAUGGAGACACCUGACAUCUCAGUCCGCCUCAAGGACACCCUGCCUGGGUGGAUGCGUUGUGACGCCCCACCAACCUCAGCCUCUUCGUCUCUCUCCCUAUGGGGGCUUGUCAUGUGCACGACACUGGCACACCCAUGUCAUGUUUGGAAGCAUGAUGACAUGUCCUGUCUAUGACCGUGUGUCAUGGCAUGGGUGGGAACUCACUUGUAAACAUGGCCUUUUGACAUCAGCAGCCUAGUGCAGCUACGCCAGCAAGAGCUGGAUGGGAGUGCAUGCUCAAGUCAGCUAUAGCCGGAAGAAUGUACAGUUCAGAAAGUGUUUCUUGAUUAUUAUCUUUUUCUUUAUGACGGAUAAGAAAGAUGAAAUUAUUUAGAAUUCAUGAUCAAUAAAAUGCUGCUGUGUAAGAUACA